AUGCUGGGGCAUCUUAGGCGGGGAGCUGGAUUUGGCGCCACGCCACUAUUCGACAUCGUUGCCAGCGAGGAAACACUUCGUAAUGUGAUCAGUUCGGUGACGAGGAACUGGCAGUCGAUCAUUCUCACCGGUUUGCUGGCGCUCAUUCUUGUCUACAUUUUUUCGAUUAUCGGCUACACAUUCUUCCAAAGAGAUUUCUCCCUUGAAGUAGAUCCACUCGAAGAUGAACCAACGGCCACGGUCUUCACCAGAGAUCCUAGUCCAGAGACCUGUUCAGCUGACGGUGGUUGCCCAUUACCGGUACCUGUAGUGGAACAAAAGCCGGAUAACAAAGACGACGGAUUGUAG